CCUGCGUUGAGGCACGUUUUAUCGUCUUGGGGAAAAGCCGAACGCUGUACUCGUGUAUUUUCGUGUACACUAUACUCACGAAUGUACAAACAUCAACUGGUGAACUGCUAUAGUACGUUAGUAACUGUUAGUCACAGCACAUGGAAGAGUGACACGUCCCGGGCGCCUCCAGCCGUCCUCAAUCGCCCGAAAAAUCAGUGAGAAAGUUUUCCCCAAAAAAAUUCUCAACACCGGACGGAUUAAAAAAUGAGCACAGUCUGGAGCGCAUUAAAAAAAAUAUCACUCUCGAGGUCGCGGUCUGCCGACAGAAACACACGAGACUCAAAGGCCAUUUUAAAAUAAAAAGCCUCGGACAAGAGAGGCCGCGAUAACAUGGAAAAGUGGCGGACUAGAGGAAGGUGUCCCCUGAAGGCGGACGUGGACUUUCCAAAGAACCACAACAGGAAUGCGCGGCCCGCGUCCCCCGAGCGAAAGAAGGGGCGAAAGUGGUCGUUCGGAAAUUUCUUACGAAGAAAAUCGAAGGAUUCCCGAAUAACCGACACCUCGACGCAAACUCCUCCGUCAGUCGCCACCGCGAUCCCCUGCCCGCAGGAGACCCAAAAGAAUUCGGUAAUCGCGUUGAGCAGUGGUUCUCAAGACUCAGCGGAUGUCCGUGAAGUCGCGCGUCCGCCGAGUCCCCCGACACCAGAGCCCCCGGGUAAAAACGGUAGAAAGAACCGCUUGAAGCUCCGGAUCCAGGCGAAACGCGAAAAAUACAAAUCCGCGAGCAGCUCCGACGAGGAGUUCCCCUCGAACCUGUCCCUCCUCCGCAUCCACAGCGAGGACAGCCUCCACAGCUCGAAAUACGACUCCCUCAAUCAAAAGCGGACCCGCGGCGCGCGAACGGAGCGCUACAUGAAGCGAAUUCUGACAAACGACCAGAAUCCGCUGAAAAAUCAGCUGAAAUACCCCUCAGACAUCCUCCGGCCGUCCGGCUCCCCCGUCGUCCCCCACGCGCCCCAAAAAUCCCAGUCCUGCACGAACAGCCACUCCCCAUUCGGCAGUGACAGCUACCUCCCGCCUUACCCGCGAAUCAUCGAUACCAUGUGCCAUGAUUACAAAUACGAAUCAUCGAAUAACGUGACGCCACCUGCGCCGCCCCCGAGGGCCUUCAAACUAAGACUGUACCCCACAACGAUGCGGUACUCCCUCCAGCACUCGGACAUGGAGAAUACCCGCGACGUCAACAGCAAUUCUCUCGACCGAAAUGAAAACCCCGCCGUAAACCCGCGAAAUCGAUCUGCGUCACCCGGACAAGACGUCUGGUCCCGGCGGAUCGAGGAGCCGAUAGUUCCGGAGCUCCAGCCCCGCCAUGUUCUCUCGAAAAACGCGCGCAACAUGGCGGACGAGCGGAGGCGCCACUCGAAGAAUCUCGAGGAGGCGCUCGAGGAAUUGGAGACGAUCUACAACAGUCUCCGCUUGAGCGACGAGGACCUCCUCGACAGGGCGGAACAGCGGAGUAUGGAGGAGUACCGAGACAAGCUGGCGACGACAGCGGUUGACGGAUCAAUAAUUUCGGACACCUCGUCGUCCACGGAGAUAACGCGGGAAAUGGCGUGGCGCGACGCCGGUGACGCGGACUCCCGCCUAAAAGACGACAUGGCGUACAGGCGGAUGCACCAGACCGAGAGGCCGUCCUCGGUCGACAACUUCGGCUCGAUGUCGCGGAUGAGUUAUCUGGCGAGUUCGCCGUGUCUGUCUUGGCGGGAGACGGAGACACCGCGAAGUCGGCGGGGGACGCCAGACCUGACGCGCGACGACGUCGUCUUCCGGAGCAUAAGUCACUCGAACAAUACCCUGAGGAUAGCGGACCCCCAGCCGCCAUUCGGCAUUCCGCUGGGGCCGGUGACGGGGGCCGCCGAGAGUGACUACCUCCACGUGGUGCCCCAGAGGGACCCCCACAGGUCCCUCUACAUCCCGAAGAGGGAGCCAGACGUAGUGACGGACGAUCUGGCGUUCAGGAGUCUGAGGAAAGACGGCGGGCGGAGGUCCCAGUCGCCGGGGGGGACGAACUUUCUGCCGAAGACGGCGUUUGCACCGGAGGACGAGGGGAAGAGGGCGGUCAGGUCGCUGUCAGCUGACAUGUACGGGAUUAUUAACAAGGACAGCAAGCAGAGCUGUUGGUACAAGAAGUACGUGAAGCUGAAUCGUCCGCUGAGGGUCUCGGGGAUUCUGGAGGCCGGGGCGAGGCACGAUGUGGACAUCAACGGGAAUAAACCAAAGACGAAUUGCGAGGGGAAGGUGCAGGUGCACAUCCCCCGGGGGUCGGAGAAAGCGAGCAAUGGGGGGUUUGAGGAGCCGGGGAUUUGUGAGGGGAGCAAGGGUGACGAGGAGGCGUCGGAGUACAGGGAGUUGUGUCGAGAGCUGGAGAAUCUGAUCAAGAAGACGUCGGAGAAGGUGAAAAUGGGGGAUAGGGGCACCCCCAGAAGCUCGCUCACAGAGUUUGUGGAGUGGGAGAAGCUUCUGAGCGAGAGCAGAGCGUCGAAGGUCGAUGGGGGAGGGUCGGGGGGAUCGCCAGAACAUGAGGGUCUGGGGGCUGACGUACCCGAAGUCAUCGGGGAAAUGAUCGAUGACGACGCGGGUAAAGAGACUGAUUUACCAACGUGUGAGGAAGUGCCUCACGUUUCUGUGAGUGAAGCGGCUCAUUGUGAGCCGGGAGUGGGUAGUGUCGACCAGAAGUCGAGAGAUGGCAGCUCUGAGGGCGGAGCGAUGCAUGAGAAACCCGAAAAUACCGAGAAUUCGAAUGCAGGGGAAAUCAGUGGUGAUAAAAUUCAAGUAGCUUCCAAAGAUAAUAGAUUGAACAGUGAGGGGAUCGAUCUAGCAUCGAUGAUUGAAGGUAAUAAAUGCAAUGUCGAGUUGAACGGGCAUUUACUGAAAUCAAUAAUGAAUGUUUGCUUCGUUACUAACUGCUUGACAGCGUACACCAUCGCCUUAUGGUCCCUGUGUCUAACACUGCUAAUAGCAAUUAUAGUUGCACUGUGAAAUAAGACUGUUUGUAUUAUCAAUUCAUCAUUGUUGUUUCCUCUUUUAUCAGCAGACGAUGAAGGGAGGAUGAGAAUAUAGAGAUAGAUGAGCUCAUGCGUUUUGCCUGUGCAGUGUAUUUUUUUAUUGUUUUUAUUGUACUAUUUAUUUGUGAGAUUAUUCAUUGUUAUUGAAUUGUAAAUGUCAUGUCACAGGUCGGGAUACGGCUCUAUGAUGGGUGGCGUUGUUGAGCGACGCACGGUAUCAACGUUCAAUUUAUUUUUAACCAUUUUAGUUCUUGUUGAGAAUUCAAUUACGACGGACUGUUGGUAUCUAUUGUCAUUGUUUAAAAGGUUUUUAAUAAAUAUUUCAAUGCCAUGUUUA